AUGGAAUCGGUAGACGGGCCAUCUGAACACCAGCUACUUGGUCUCAAGCGCCUUGCCGCCCUAGGAGUUGGAAGUUUGAAGUGUGAGAAGAAUAUUUUGAGGUCCACAGAUUGGUUGGAUAAAUUAAGUAAAUUGGGAUUGAUGAGUAUGGGAUAUCGCAAUUUUCAGAUGGGAAAGAAGUCUGAGGAGAUCGCAGUACGACGAAGAGGCCGAGUUGGGGUCGAGAAGGUUUCAUAA